UCGGUAUUCUGAGCGGCCCUUCCACUGCAUUACCAUUAACCCCUGCCCUGCCCUGUCAGACAAUGAUGUAUGUGACGUCUCUACUAGGACUCUUCAUAGUAUUAGCGUCCUCCGGUGUGCCAAGGCUGCCUCGCCUUCAGGACAGACCUUUAAUAGCUGCAGUGGAGGAUGUGUUGGCCUCAGUCACUGAUCCUUACUGCUUCCUUGUAUUCAUCACGGACGGCAGUACCUGGCCCAUCGCUCUUUAUAAGGGCAUACAUCAUUACCACGCCCCUUGGGGUGUGGGAGCGUUCGAGGUGGUAGUGGACGGCCAGAACGCUAACGUGACACAGGCGCAACUCUCCUGGGUGGUCGACGAGGCUCGGCGGCUGCGGCAGGUGUCAUGGUGCGUGACGGUGGUGGUGGUGAGCGACGACCCAGCCUUCCUCGUCACCUUCGCUGAGUUAUCUGUUAAGGGCCGCCUCCUGGUGUGGUCGUCGAGGCUUCUCAUUGUCACCCGCCCUUUUCUCCUAGAGCUGCAAGGUCUCCAUAAGUUACUCUCCCUUAAUAACGCCAUGUUGCUCAUCAUGGAUGAAUCUUCAACUUCUCGCCAGUCUACUGUUUACAUUCACUUACCUUUCACAACCCAUGAGGCAGAGCCACUGAAGGUUGCCAUCUGGACGCCCCACCGAGGCCUCACCCUGACCACCAACCUCCCGCUCUUCCCUGACAAGUUCUUCACGUGAGUGUUAGAAUUGAAU